GUGGCGGCGGGGCCGGCAGUACUCCGCAGCCUCCCGCGGGGCUCGGGCAUCUCUGCGCGCCGGGUGGUACGAGCAGCAGCCGCGGCGCGGCGGGCUCGGGGGGGCGGCAUGGAAGGCGCGCACCUCGCCUGGGAGCUGGCGCACGCCGUGCUGCUGCUGAGCCUCAUCCCCGCAGGUGGUUCAGUGCCUCAUGAAGAAUCCUCGCUGGUUGUGAAUAAAGGGGAGGAAUUAAGGCUGAAGUGCAGUGAGGAAGGACCUGUGACUUGGAAUUUCCAGAACUCGGAUCCAUCAGCAAAAACAAGGAUUUCCAAUGAGAAGGAGUGGCACACCAGAAAUGCAACAAUCAGAGACAUAGGCAGAUAUGAGUGCAAAAGCAAAGGGAGUAUUGUCAACUCUUUUUAUGUUUUUGUUAAAGAUCCAAAUGUACUCUUCCUUGUUGAUUCUCUGAUCUAUGGGAAAGAAGACAGUGACAUCCUGCUGGUGUGCCCACUAACAGAUCCAGAUGUUUUAAAUUUCACCCUGAGGAAAUGUGAUGGCAAACCUCUCCCCAAAAACAUGACAUUCAUUCCUAAUCCACAGAAGGGUAUCAUUAUAAAGAAUGUACAGAGGUCAUUCAAAGGCUGCUACCAGUGCUUGGCGAAGCAUAAUGGAGUUGAGAAAAAAUCAGAGCACAUUUUCCUGAAUGUGAGACCAGUUCACAAAGCUCUCCCAGUCAUUACCUUAUCCAAAAGCUAUGAGCUUCUCAAGGAAGGGGAAGAAUUUGAAGUUACGUGCAUAAUCACGGAUGUGGAUAGCAGCGUACAAGCUAGUUGGAUUUCUUACAAAAGUGGGAUUGUUACAAGCAAAAGCAGAAAUUUGGGUGAUUACGGAUACGAAAGGAAAUUAACAUUGAACAUCCGUUCAGUGGGAGUUAAUGAUUCUGGAGAAUUCACAUGCCAAGCAGAGAACCCUUUUGGAAAAAACAAUGCCACGGUAACCUUGAGAGCACUAGCUAAAGGAUUUGUCCGUUUGUUUGCAACAAUGAAUACCACAAUAGACAUAAAUGCAGGACAAAAUGGGAAUUUAACAGUUGAAUAUGAGGCGUAUCCAAAACCGAAAGAAGAAGUCUGGAUGUACAUGAACGAAACAUUACAGAAUUCAUCGGACCAUUAUGUCAAGUUCAAGACUGCGGGCAAUAACAGCUAUACAAGCGAGCUUCACCUUACCCGAUUAAAAGGAACAGAGGGAGGCAUUUACACAUUUUUUGUGUCCAACUCAGAUGCCAGCUCCUCUGUAACAUUUAACGUCUAUGUGAAAACAAAACCAGAGAUCCUUACCUUGGAUAUACUCAGCAAUGGCAUACUUCAGUGCGUGGCAGCUGGAUUCCCAGCCCCUACCAUUUACUGGUAUUUUUGCCCAGGAACUGAACAGAGGUGUUUUGACUCACCAACGAUAUCCCCCAUGGACGUGAAAGUCAGUUACACAAAUUCAUCGGUGCCAUCCUUUGAGCGGAUCCUGGUCGAGAGCACUGUUAACGCCAGCAUGUUCAGGAGCACUGGCACCAUCUGCUGUGAGGCAUCCAGCAAUGGUGACAGGAGCUCUGCUUUCUUCAACUUUGCUAUUAAAGAGCAAAUCCGUACCCACACCCUUUUCACACCUUUACUAAUUGCAUUUGGGGUCGCUGCUGGACUGAUGUGCAUCAUUGUCAUGAUCCUGGUGUACAUAUAUUUGCAGAAGCCCAAAUACGAAGUCCAGUGGAAAGUUGUUGAAGAAAUAAAUGGAAACAACUAUGUUUACAUAGACCCAACGCAACUUCCUUAUGAUCACAAAUGGGAAUUUCCUAGAAACCGGUUGAGUUUUGGUAAAACCCUUGGUGCUGGAGCUUUUGGAAAGGUUGUUGAAGCCACUGCUUAUGGCCUAUUUAAAUCUGAUGCCGCUAUGACAGUAGCAGUGAAAAUGUUGAAACCAAGCGCCCAUUUAACUGAAAGAGAAGCCUUGAUGUCAGAGCUAAAAGUUCUCAGUUACCUUGGUAACCACAUUAAUAUCGUGAAUCUACUUGGAGCUUGCACUAUUGGAGGGCCCACGCUGGUCAUUACAGAAUAUUGCUGCUAUGGUGAUCUCUUGAAUUUUCUGAGGCGGAAGCGAGAUUCAUUCAUUUGUCCAAAGCACGAAGAGCACACAGAAGCAGCUGUUUAUGAGAACCUUUUGCGCCAGGCAGAGCCCACAGCGGAUGCUGUCAAUGAGUACAUGGACAUGAAACCAGGAGUGUCAUAUGCAGUUCCCCCAAAAGCUGAUAAAAAAAGGCCAGCGAAAUCUGGAUCCUAUACCGAUCAGGAUGUUACCCUCUCCAUGUUGGAAGAUGAUGAACUUGCUCUAGAUGUUGAAGAUCUAUUAAGCUUCUCUUACCAGGUGGCAAAGGGCAUGAGCUUCCUUGCCUCUAAAAACUGCAUUCAUAGGGAUCUGGCAGCAAGAAAUAUUCUUCUCACUCAUGGUCGCAUAACAAAAAUCUGUGACUUUGGCCUGGCAAGAGAUAUAAGGAAUGACUCAAAUUACGUGGUUAAAGGCAAUGCUCGUCUCCCUGUGAAGUGGAUGGCACCUGAAAGUAUUUUCAACUGUGUUUACACCUUCGAGAGCGAUGUCUGGUCUUAUGGAAUAUUGCUUUGGGAACUCUUCUCUUUAGGAAGCAGCCCUUACCCAGGAAUGCCUGUGGACUCCAAGUUCUAUAAAAUGAUCAAGGAGGGAUACCGGAUGUUCAGCCCCGAGUGCUCACCCCCUGAAAUGUAUGACAUAAUGAAGAGUUGCUGGGAUGCUGAUCCCUUGCAGAGACCCACAUUCAAACAGAUCGUGCAGCUGAUAGAGCAGCAGCUUUCAGAUAAUGCCCCCCGGGUGUAUGCAAACUUUUCCACUCCGCCUUCCAGUCAAGGCAACGCUACAGAUCAUUCGGUGAGGAUUAACUCCGUGGGUAGCAGCGCUUCAUCUACUCAGCCCCUCCUGGUACGCGAAGAUGUUUGAGUGGCAUCUGGAAGAAGAGGAGCCCAGCUGUACUUACUGUUUCUAUUGUGUAGGGGGUGAGAGAGGGAGGACUUCUAUUUCUUUUACUUUUACUCACUACUACCACUGUGUAGCUGAAACGUUGUUGUAAUACUGUCCUUUACCACACACUGUUACACAUAAACUUAAUGUGCUGAGCACGGUUACAGGCAUCAUUGCAAUGUUAACUGAAGCUGUAUAUAUUUUGCUAUAUUGUGUGUAUUUGCAGUAAAGAGCCAGAUCUGAAGAAGAAGAAAAACAACAAAAAACACAAAAGAACCCCUGGGCCAGGGUGUUGAAUGAGAUGACUACAGAUCAAACCAAAUCUGCAGCAGUCCUCCUCUGGAUCCAUGCCUGGAAAGCAUGUAGUCAUUUUCUAGUUAAUCUUGUUUUGUUGAAUUUAAGAAAUAAACAGAUAUAAAGCAAAGUGCUUUGCAAACCCCUUUCCAUAUCCAGCCACACCUGAGAGGCUUUCCCUGGCAGACACCACAGGUUGGAGGCCAGGAGGGACAGUGAGUCCCUGGGCAAGAGGUGGGCAGCCAAGGGAGGGACACGGACAGCCUAUCAGAGAACUUCCAGAGGCUCUGGGGCAUGAAGCAGACCUGGAAGGGAAAGACCUCGGUCUUUAUUUCCUACCUGGGCUGUCAGCUGUGCAGACCAGUCAGUAGGUUUCUGUGGGUACCUGCACCACAUCCCACUGGCAUCCCACCACAGAGCAUCCCCUGCAGUCAGAGCCGCAGGGAUGAGGUGCUUGGUUUGCUAAGAACCAUCUCCAAAAGUGUUCACCAAAGAUAGGUGCGCCCUGCUGAGCUGGUCAAACGACAGGAGGAGUUUUGCUUAUAGUAAAUGGAGCGUCAGAGGAGCAGAGGCCGUUUAACGAGACAUCUUAUCUUGGCAGGAGCAGAAGCAAAAAAUUCUGUCCUGAGGGCCCUUUGCUUAUCUUGUGAUAUGCAGGUGAAUAUUUCCCACUGGCCGGCUUGGAUAAUGCUGACAGGAAAGGGCUAUUCCCCCCACAAGUCAUUUCAUCUUUCUAUCUCUAUAGUGGUGCUGAUAUCCUAACAAAAAAGAUCUUAACUGGGAAGCGCCAAAUUUUUAAACAGUAUAGAACAAUGUAUACCUUCGGUCUUGUUUGGUGGCACAUAUGAGGCUGUGGGGUCAGUUUCUGUUGGGCCUGGGAUUGUGCUUAAGUAUCUUAUAACUCCUUUUCUUCCGGUUGGAAACACUGUUGGUUCUUUUUUUCCCUUUUGUUUCUGUCACCUUUAAAUUAGUAAAUGCAUUGAGAGAAGCAUUUUUCAGACAGAGAGUACUAAUUAAGUACCUAUUUAUUUACAUUGCACUUAAGCACUCUAACUUAUAUUUUACCAGGAUUUUGGUUGAGUUUACAUGCAUUUUAAAUGUGUAACUAACUGCCCAGAAUGCAAGACAAUUGUAAAUACACACACUGGUAGUACAUUUUAGGUAGUGUUGAAUGCCGCACUCUUUAUAUGCCUGUGCUUUUGGUUUAUUGUUACAGGAAUUCAUCUUUCAGAGUUAGUCAAGAAGUAGCCAUUUGCACUGAACUUACUUAGGCUGUUGCACCUUUCCAAAGUUAGCCAGUUGUUUGGAGGCACUCUUAUGCAUACUUGUUGUUGAGCAUUUUCAGUUCAAUGCUAUAAAAGCUCUUUCGUAGUGUGUUGGCUUUCAGAGCAACUGUAGACAAACUAGUUUUAUAAUCAUAGAUGUCUUGGUACUUUAUGGACAUUUAGCUGAAAAAAGUUUGGGUUUUUUCUUUCUUAAAAUUUAUAUUUUUAUAAUUUGGGGGGAGGUUGAAACUUAUUUUGCAAUGGCUUAGUGUUUGAAUGGUUUUAUGCAUUGUUUUUGUAAAUAUGGAAAUGUAGCAAUAAUGUCCUUUUGACUAUUCUCAGUCCUUGAGUUUCAAAAAUAUUUUUAUAUAUAUAUAUGCAAAAACUAUAUGUAUAAAUAUGUAAGUGUUUGAAAGUUUAUGAAACACUUAUAGAUAUGUUGCUCGGUUGUAGAAUUGCAGUUCAGAAGAGUUCAAAUAAAUCUGUAAAUAUGUAUUCAGAUGCUACCGAUGUGUACUAUGUUAAGAUGGAAUAUUUUCAUGUAAGUCUUAAUAAAUUCUUCAGUUGAAGCAAAAUCUUGAUGUCUGGCCACACAGAGGUCAGAUUGGGUAUUCUAAAAUAUUUUUCAAAUGUGUGCCAGAAAACCUUGAUGGUUUUUCAUUAGGAAAGUUCUUGUGUAAUAUGGGUAUAUGGGACAAAUGCUUGGAUACUUGGACACAGCUUUAUGCUGGAAAAAUUUGCAACUAGAAGACUGAUCCUAUAGACUCUUGAUACAGUCUAUAUGUCAUGAAUAAUAUUAUUUAAAAAUGAACAAAAACAUCUUGAAAAAUCUCCGUUAUUCAAAGUACAGUUGUAAGUUGGAGACACUUUGCACACGCUUCCUGCACUGGACUAGCCAUACGCGGUGUCUCGGAGAAGAUAUUAUUUUGUUAAUUCAUCUUCUUUGAUGAAUCAGUUCCAUUGUAUUGUGUUGUUUUUGCAGUGGUAGGCGAUGUAAUUGAUGACCUGCAUUUUGUGAUGUCUGUCUUAGUGAAAUCAGAACUGGACAAAUUAAACUG